AUGUCUCUUUCUUCAACACUCAUUAAAAUCUUCAUCACUUCUCUUUUCCUACACUACAUCAAUGUCAAGUCCCAAUCACCUUCACAAUCAGAAACCGUUUCUUUCAGCAUAACACGCUUCGAAGAACAAAACCCCGACAUAAUAUAUCGGGGUGAUGCCUCGAUCUCCGAUGGCAUUUUAAGAUUAACAAAAACCGACCAAUCUGGCAAACCACUCCCAAACAGCGUAGGACGCGCAACACAUGUUACACCAAUUCACAUAUGGGAUAAAACCAGUGGAGAGCUAGCCGAUUUCUCCACUGGUUUCUCCUUUAUCGUGAACACAGACAAUGCACCACUUCACGGAGAUGGAUUUGCUUUCUUUAUAGCACCACUUCAUUUCGACAUACCGAAAAAUUCAAGUGGUGGCUAUCUUGGUCUUUUCAACCCGGAAACCGCGCAUAUUCCAUCUAAAAAUCCAAUAUUAGCUAUUGAAUUUGAUGGUUUUACAAAUGACUGGGAUCCUCCUUCAUCAUAUCAGUCUCCUCACAUAGGUAUCGAUGUCGGGGCGAUUGAUUCGAUUGCGUAUGCGUUGUGGCCUAUUAACUUUGUGCCAAGAAAUGCUAUAGGACAUGCUAGUAUAAACUAUAACUCUGAGUCUAAAAGAUUGAGUGUGUUUGUGGCUUAUCCUGGGACUGAGUGGAAUUCAACUAGUGUUUCUUUUGUUGUUGAUUUGAGGAGUGUUCUGCCUGAAUGGGUUAGAGUUGGAUUCUCAGGUGCUACGGGAGAGUUGGUUGAGACGCAUGAUAUUGUUAAUUGGUCUUUUGAAUCAGCUUUGUAA